CUUUUAUAUAAUUCUUCAUGGUAUCAAGAGCCUAUCUCUAACGAGCCAAUUUUUUUUCCGAUCCAUCUAUGGCGCCCAUCACCUCCACCACGCCGGUUGUAUCUAUUACGGCCGCAACCCACUUUCCCAUCAAACUCACUACGUCCAACUACCCCGUCUGGAAGUGUCAGGUCCAUUCUGCCCUAGUAGGUCUUGACCUCGACGGAUAUGUUGAUGGGUCUCUAACUGUCCCAGACAAAUUCCUGGAUGCUGCCAAGGCUCAGCCAAAUCCUUGUUAUGCUAUUUGGUACCGUCAGGACCGCACUAUCAUCAGUGCCUUGCUUGGCAGUUGUACCGACGCCAUUCAACCCUUGAUCUCGUCUGCUACCACGGCAAAGCAGGCCUGGGAAAAACUCUCGCUCACUUAUGCGAGUACAUCGCGGGGAAGAAUCAUUUCCCUCAAAACAGCUCUUUCUCGGACUACCAAAGGGGGUCAGUCCAUCACUGAAUACAUGACUGAAAUGUAUGCAAUUUUUGAGGCGCUAGCUCUUGCUCAAAACCCGAUUUCAGAAGAAGAUCUGGUCAUCAAUAUUCUCAAUGGCCUUGGAUCCGAUUAUGGUGAACUCAGGUCGGCUAUCCGUGUCCGCGAAACACCACUCCCCCUUCAAGAGCUUCAAGACAUUCUUCUGGAGCAUGAACAAAAACUCCAAGAAGCUGCCACAUCAGUUCAAAGUCUCGUACCUACUGCCCAUUUCACACAGGCCACUGGGCGUCAAAGUGACCCUACCAUGCAUGCAGACCGUCGCCAAGUCCAGCAGGUUGAUCGACGAGGACAUCAUGUUCGGCGGGGACGUGGGGGUAAUUUUCAUGGACAGUCCAGGUUCCCCUCAUCACAUGGAGCAGUGUGCAGAUUCUGUAACUUUUCAGGCCAUGAAGUCAAACAAUGCCGAAAGUUACAGAGAUUUUUACGUGAUCAUCAGAUACUUACCCCCUCUAGUGCUGCCUCACCGGCAGUUCACACUACGACGGUCAACUCUAUGACAGGUGGUCAACAAUGGUUAUUUGACAGCGGUGCUUCGCAUCAUGUCACGUCGGAUAACAACAAUCUUCCGACUUACACUGACUAUGGUGGACCUGAUGCGGUUCAUCUUGGUGAUGGAUCGGGCCACGGGGGCAGUGCUCAUGCGCGGGGAGAACAUCCAUGAUGUCUAUUACGUUCAGUCACCGCGAUCUCCACAAGUCAAUCUUUCUAGGGUCUUGAUUCCGUCUCAUUGGCAUCACAUUUUGGGGCAUCCCUCUCGUCGUAUUUUUAAUAUGUUGGUUCAUCAAAAUAAAAAUGUUAUUCCAUGUAACAUUUCGUUGAACGAGUCUCAUUGUUCCUCUUGUCAUAUUAAUAAAAGUACUAAACUU